GAUUGUUUUGAAUUGGCUCUCACGGGGAGUCACGUCUGCUGAGCCUCGCUUGAUUUGGGUGUGUUUGCCGCUGACUCGAGGUCCCGCUUCACAGGCGCCCGUGUUUUGAGUCCAAGUUCUCUGGAGUGGCCCUGUCGGUGUUGUUCUGGCCGCGUCCGCCAGGGGGCGCUCCGAGCGGGCGUCUGCUCUCCAGAGAGGAAUGUUGGUACAAUGAAGGUCUGUGUCUCGAGAGCUCCGCUGUUGGCUCGGCGCGCCGCGCGGACACACGAGCGAAGCUCCGCGCUGCUUAGCGUACUGCGCGUGUCAUGGCGGGACGGAGGGAGGAAGGUCUCGCUCCGAAAUGUCGUGAGUGGUGAAGUUCUCCUCGUUUCCUGGAGCCGUGGGAUGACGACGGCGGCGGCGGCGACACCGGGCAGCUUCUCAUCUCACGCCUGACUGGAGCGGGUCCGGGAGCGUUCGCGCGCGCGAGCCUGGGCUUCCACAUGGGAUCCUAGCUGCGUUUCCACGCACGAACUUCUCUGGCCGAACUGAGAUCCGCCUCGCAACUUCUCGGGCCAUGGGAGAGGCCGCCCCCGCGCAGUCCGCCGCGGGAGCCUUCGCGCCCAUGUUGGGCGUCGCUGUGGGCUCCAUGUCCGGCGGGGUCGGCGCCUCCAGAGGCUCCGCGGUGCCACAGCUCCACAGCGCCAUCGUGGAGCGCCUGCGCGCGCGCAUCGCGCUGUGCCGGCGUCACCACUCCACCUGCGAGAGCCGCUACCAGAGGGGUCAGGCCGAGACCACCGACCGGGAGCACGAGAGCACCCUGCACCUCCUCAACAUAGUCCAGCAGGGGCCUGGGACCCGCAAGAGCAAGGCCAGCCGGGCGUCGAACCCGCAACCCCCGGAGUACAGCCGCGCCAAUGGAGAGCAGAGGGGCCCGGACGGGGACCAGAAGGUGUCGAUGCGGAUGGCGCUCCAUGGCUCUCUCCGGAGGAAGAUUGAGGGGCAGGCGCCCAAGCCCGUCUCCUGCCCCUUCCCUGGGUCGGACUUCAAGCGGGCCCGCAUGGACGGGCCCGGCCACCCCAGCCUGCUCCCGUCCCACUCCUUCCAAGGCUCCACACAGAGGAAGCACUCGAUGACGUCCCACGGAGUGGAGUCUGACAUCUUCAACAUGACGCUGAGGGAGAUGAAGAAGGAACCGGCUGAGGUUCAGUCCUGCAGUCAGUCCAGCGGCGACAUGAUCUUUGACUUUAAGGACGAAGGCCAGCUGGACCCGGAGCUGCAGGACCUGUUUGACGAGCUGACCAAGGCGGCGUCGCCGCUCAACGAGCUGGAGUUUGAGAAGAUGCUGAAGCAGGAUGAGGCCUUUGGUUUGGACCUGGGGCGGCCCAGCUCGGUCGGGGCGGUGGCUGCCUUGGGCUCCCCGCUGGACAAGCCCAUCAAGCUGGAGCACUCGCCUGACUUCGGCCAGGUCCAGGGCGGCUCCCCGCAGCUCCGGCCGGCCUCAGCAGGACCGGCCUUCGCCUCGCAGAAGGUGAGCGCCCAGUCCGGGCCGCCUCCUCGCGCCAUGCCGUGCUGGCCCGAGAUCUCUCACGCUGAGCAGCUCAAGCAGAUGGCGGCGGCCAACCAGCAGCCCGGCGCCCUCCUGCACCACCACCAGCAGCAGGCACCGGGCCUGUCCGCCUGGUCCCCCGGAUCCUUCCCACAGGACGGGCUCGCCCGGGUCAGCGCACCCAGCAAAGGCAUCAACCACUGCCUCUUCAAGUCCAACGGCCACAGCGGCGCCCAUCAUCUGGACAUGAAGGCUCUCAGCUCCAAGCCCACCCUGCACUUCAGCCCCAAGCCUGCGCUUGCCGGCGGCCAGCCGCUGAGCAAGAGCGCCACCCAGCGGCAGCAUUCCCCGUCUUCCAGCCAGCUCCACUUCCAGAACCAGCAGAUGUCCACGUCGGCGCCCCUCUGUCUGCAGAGCAAGCCGGCGCCGCUGCACGCGGGCGGGCUGCCGUUCAAGCUGGCUCAGGGUUCUCCUUCCGGUCCCAGGCAGCCCGUCAACGGAAGCCUGGUUCCCGCAGCGCUGCGGCCUCCAGCUGCCAGCAGCCAGAUGAAGGCUCCGGGGAAGAGGCAGGACAAGGAUCAGCUGGAUCAGUUCAGUCGUCACCUCACUCGGCCGCCGCCAGAGUACAAGCUCUCCAGCAGCGUGGUGGGAGUCCAGCAGCAGAGCAGCGUGUAUUCAGGUCCGUCCUCCCAGUCGGACGCCCCUCACAAGAUGAACCCCAGGUUCGGCAGCGAGGGCCCGCCUCACUUCCAGAGACACCUUGGACCGGCUCACAGCAAAGCCCGCUUCCUGGGCCCCAACGCUCCUGGAACCUUUGGACUCAACAGCGUGCAGCCCUCCAGAGCAGCUGCUGACCAGGGGCCCAGCCUGGGGGCCCUGAUGUCCACCGUCAGCUGGGCUCCUGCCAACAAACAGGCAGGGCCGGGCCCCAGGAGGCCGCAGGGGCCGCCGGCCGACAUGUACCCGCCGAGGCCCGUCGGACCUCCCGACCCCAGGAUGCUGGCCCUGAACCCCGGGCAGCCGGUCCUGAGCGGCGCCUCUCCGGAGCAGCGGGUGCCGGCGGGAAGCUUCGCCGACCCCGCCCGGGCCAACCGAGUCACCUUCGACUUCCUCCCAGAGGGGGACAACUCCGUCCCAGGGAUCAACACCGACUCGGACUUCAUCGACUCCCUGCUCAAGUCCGGCUCCGGCAACGACGACUGGAUGAAAGACAUCAACCUGGACGAGAUUCUGGGGAGCGGCUCCAUCAUCUAGAGGCUCUGGGCUCACGUGACUGACCCAUCGACUGUGAAGGAAAGUUCUGCCCUCGUUCUUCAGCAUGAUGGAGACGAAGAUGUGGACCUCGCCCGCCCGACAGGGGGCGCCCUUGGACAUGUUCCUGUGACCGUUUGUGAUAUUUAAUAAACACGGGAGGAUCGCUGCUGCUGGACCCUCAUUCUCACACACACACACACACACACACACGUGCGCGUCUGUCUGCCUUGUGGGGACCUCUCCUGGCCAUCGCCCUUUCCCCAGCCGCUGCACCUGAACACGUGGCUCACCUGAACCAGACUGGAACCCCAUUGGUCCCCACAAGUUAGGAUAAACUAGGUACACACACACACUGUCAGGCUCUCUUUCUCACUCGCUCUCUCACACACAUGCGUGUGUAUUGCUCUCCCUGUGGGGAUAUUGUGAGGUUUCCCUCCAGACCAUCACCCUUUCCCCGGCCUCUCUUCCUGAACCAGGACUCAAUCAGACUGAAACCCCGGUAUAAUAAUCCAGUUAUUUUGAAGUCUUCAUCCUCAGAUUGAGGUUCAGACCUGUGGGGACCGGCAAAAGGUCCCCACAAGGAUAGUGUUUUUGUCAAGAAUUGGUCCCCACGAGGCAGUACAAACCACACACACAUUGCUAUCUUAGGCAAAAGGGUCCUCACAAGGAUAGUGUGUUGUCAGGAGUUGGUCCCCAUGAGACAGUACACACACACACACACACACACACACACACACACACACACACACACACACACACACACACACACACACACACACACACACACACACACACACACACACACACACACACACACACACACACACACACACACACACACACACACACACACACACACACACACACACACACACACACACACACACACACACACACACACACAGGUGUUACCACAAAAGAAUAUACUUUAUUUCAAGCCAAUUUCAAGGUCUGAUAAUGCAGAUAUAGACAAAUAUGAUGUAACAGAAUUGAUGCUUCUAAAGUUCAUGCACAUUUCUACGAAAAAAGAUCAUCACUUGUAGAAAUUAAUUUCCUGUGCAUUUAAAAAAAACUAAAUACAAAGACGUCCUUGAACGUUGGGUGAUUAGUUCUACUGCUACAGAUGGCGCCAGCACGCUGGCGUCAGGAGGCGGCCGCGGCUCCUGCUGCGCGCUGCAAGCCUUCCGUCAGUUAAAGUCGUGGCUGUAGUGUAAACAUGGAGAAUCGGGCCGCGGCGCGGGUCAGUGUGUCCGUCGGAGACGACGUAAACAUCGGAGCGCUUGAAAAAGAACCGCUUGCUUGUCUGUCCGGAAACCUUGUUGGCUCAAAAGCCCAGGUUAGUCACUCAAAGUCAUAAAAACACUUAGUUAGCUUAUACGGUUCGUUCACACCAAGGCUGAUUUACAUCGGGAUUGUAAAAAUGGAACGCGUUAAAAAAAUAUCUUUGGAAUCGGCAACGAACAUUUCUGGCUGGAAGUGAUUGUUUUCGAUCUUUGCGUUGGUCGAAUCCUGGGCCUCCUGUGACUCGCAACCUGCUCAAACUCGUCUAAACUUGGCUAAAACCACAACACACUUUGCGUUAGAAGGACACACUGUUAGCGUUGUUGACAUCAUCACUAAAAAUACUCUGGAUAGAGUUGCGUUAUUUACAUUUCUUGCCUUGUUUGACUUAAUAUUUCAAUGAGCACCGCUGCACACUCAGACAGUAGCUAGCGCCGAGUGUACGUGUCGGAAGACAGUCGUCGGGCAAAGACGCGGUUUACUCUGUUAGUGUUUUAGAAGUGUGCGUGGACUGUCGCGUGAAAGUGAUCGUAGCUAUUUACAGUUAAAAACGACAAAAUCUCUAAAUAAAACUAAGCAAACCUCAGAACAGUCAGAUAUAAAAUGCGGAAGAAUGCUUGUUCACGUGGACGAACAGCCACCAAGAUGCGCAUCUGUUUUUUGAUCGUAGUGUUUGUUCAAAAAGGUGCAAUGAUUGCGGUUACAUCGGAGUGUUGCGCGAGCGAAGCUUAAAUGGAUUCACGAUAAUCAAGAACACGAUCUACAGAACACUUGGUUGACAGCCAUCUUAUUUACAUUUCAUACUUCGGAGGUCUUCGUCUUUCAGAUCGCGUUAGCAUCGUCCACCGCCGUUAAAAGGAGCAGCCUUUUGACUAAAACCUGAUCGGAUUAUCAGCGUCAGAAAAGGCAUUUGCAUUGUCGCACGCUGUUACUGUACGUUACUCAAGGAAAAUAUCGGAACUUCGCUCGCCGGUUUGAAGCUUUGCUCGUUUACUUGCAGAAAGACGUGUCCAUCUGAACCGUCAUUA